UCGUCGUUGGCUCUUUCAAACAGUUCAAAACAGUGAACGUUAGUGAAUGGUGCGGUUGUGAGCUAUCGGUUUUGCUUUAUUCUCAUGAUCUAGCGCGAUCUGGCUUGAAAGAUAGCACGAUAUAUCAAGCGCUGCUGUAUAUCGCUGUGAAUUUUCGAAAUAUCUAUUCCGGCUUCAACGACUCGUCGUACAAGCACACGAAGCAUGCAAACACCUCGUUGACAGACACCCUGACAGCCGAAGUUGAUGCCUGUGCUUUCUUCGCGUCGAACAUGAUAGCGAUCGUCCGACGUGCCGCACGAUUUCAUAGAUGAUCCGAGCUAUAAAUACCGUUGGAAAAACGUGCAGCGGGAUUUAAAUUUGGAUCGUAUCGAGCAGUACAACCGGCUUGUGCUCGCUGCGAGACGUGGGUUAUUUUAAUACGAUUGGAGGAUCUUUUAUGUCGGAUUCGCGAAUCAGGUCUGACGCGUGUGCAACUAACGUCGUCGAGCAUCCCUUCGCGUAACUCGCCUUCGCCAUAGCAUUGUUAACAUGGGGAUAAUACUGUCCAGAUUUCGGAAAAAAAAGACGACUAUUGAAGUUUUAGAGGAUCUCGAUUCACAACUUAAAGAAAUUCAUCAAUAUGGACAGAUCACAGAGCAGAGACAUAAGAAAAUAGUGGGAACUAUCAUUAUUUAUGGAGUCGUGCUUUAUGUUAUGAUAGCAUUCAUUUUCUACUUCUGUUUCUUCCCAGCCUCAUUGUAUGAUCAAAUCUUUUACAUAACACCAUUGCUGCUUUUCCCAAUAUUAAUACUUUUAACAAAAAAGAUGGUUUCAUGGUAUUAUAAUCGUAAAAUUACACACAAUCGAGAAAAGCUGUCUACACUUAUGUCAGAAAAAAAGAAGAUAUUAAAUGAAGUGACAGAAACGGAAACAUAUAAGAAAGCAAAAGAAAUAUUAUUAAAGUUUGCGCCAGAUGAGUUAACCAUGUCACCGUUAACUCCAAAGCUUACCCAAAAGUUCUCAGGGCUGAUUGAAACACCUCGACGUCCUAUGCCACAGGCUGUAAUAUCUCCUCUACCAGGCAGUGCAGAAGUAAGAAGAAGAAUCAUAUCAACUCAAAAUCAGCCACAACAUCCGCAGGUUGGCGUAGUCGCUCCUGGUAUAAUGACACCGAAUAUUAAACCGGCUAAUCCACUUUCAACUAUUCCUUUCCAGUCCAGUGCUAGAAUAAUCAAUCCUGCAUCCAUAGGUUUUCGAUCACCUUUGCCACGGCCUGUAUUGCCGCACCAAAGGACUGUAAUCGAUCGCUUAGUUGAUUAUUUAGUAGGUGAUGGUCCUGCGAAUCGCUAUGCUUUAAUUUGUCGGCAAUGUGAAUCGCACAAUGGAAUGGCUUUGAAAGAGGAAUUUGAAUAUUUUGCAUAUAGAUGUUGUUAUUGUGGAUUUUGGAACCCUGCAAGGAAACAGAAACCUUUUGCUCCAAAAUUAGAUUUUGAUAUUAAUAGUCCUGCUACAGCUUCGAAUACAUCCGAAGUUACGCCUUCUAACGUAGAUGAAGAAAGUACAAUAAAACUUACUGAAUUGGAAACGUGCACACAAUCAGAUACAGAUUCAGAUAUUGAAGUUGUUGAAAGACCAGGAACCGAAACAUCUGAUUCUCCAGAAUCAGAAUCUAAGGAUUUAUUAGAUGAUAAUGAAUCCGAUAAAAAAGAGGUAGUAGAGACGUGACAAACUAUACGUUCAUAAUUUUUGUAUCUGAAUAAUUAGUCUGAUAGUGAAAAAAAGAUAUUUGUAAGUCAGAAUUCCAAGUAAGUUUAAAAUUUAAUUAAAAAAAGAAAAAAAGAAACAUAAGUUGUUAGUGAGAGGAAAAAAAUAUGAGCGUAUAUACGAAGUAUUUUAACUUCCACAUAUAAUGUGAAAAAAAGAUUUAUGGCGCAAAAUAUGUUACCAAUGUAAUUGUCAAUUGAAACGUUGCUAUAUACUGAACACACUGUCGCUAUAAAAAUAACAUAAUUAUUGUAUAAUUGUUGAUAAUAUUUAAAAAAAACACUAUUCAAUACC